AAGUAAGCAUGAACUUGUUCGAACACGAGAUCGAUUAGGCUUUUAAAAACAGGUCUAGUCGCGAAGGUCAACAUAAACUAUAUCACUUAAGACUUAACUCUAGGAAAUACAGGAUAUUAUAUUUUGGAAAUUACAAUUGUAAAAAUGAGUGUCUGUGUGUAUGGAAUUGAACCUAUGGAAUUUGCCUUUCCUGAUGAAGACUUAGCCAUAUCAAGUUCCAAUGCCAUAGAUACAAAGUUUGAUGAAGCAGUAGGUCACAUUGAAGAUAUUAUAAUGGAAGAUGAAUUUCAGACUUUACAGAAUGACUUUAUGGAAAAAUAUUACCUUGAAUUUGAGGACACAGAAGAAAACAAAUUCUGUUAUACAGAUAUUCACAGAGAAUAUAUAGAACUUGUAGAAAAGUAUCUAGAAGCGGAAUUAUCAAAAAGAAUUGAAAAUUUUUCCAUGGGAGAGUUCACUAAAACAAUCAUGGAACGAAAAAAUGAGCUGGAGGGAGAAAUCUUUGAGAUGCUGCUGACAUUCAGUGACUUUAUGGCAUUCAAGGAAAUGUUUCUGGAUUACAGAGCUGAGAAGGAAGGUCGCAAUGUUGAUCUGAGUAUGGGGAUCACAGUAACGUCGAUGCACGGAGGGCCGGAGGACGAUGACGACCAUGAUAUGAAUGAUCACGAUAUGCACAUCGGUGCAGGAUUUUCAUUAAUGGGACAUUCUUUUGGACAACAACACUGAUACUUAGAAUUUUAGUAGUUUUCUUUUCAAAUUAUCUCCGUUGCCAACAUACAUUGUAUGUCUUUUUUUUUUUGCAAAACACAAUUUUUUAUCUCUACCUCCGUCCAAUAUUUUGUAAACUUUUGUUUAUUUAUACUGUAUAAUUAAAAUAGAGCUGCAUUCCUUUGAUCACUGAUUUUAAAGGUUUAUUGUAUAUCGAUAUCCUCCUUGUUUAUUGAACGCAUUUUCUGUGUUUGGCAGGAUUUUUAAAGAGUACAUUCCAGAAAAGUUGGCACUGUUCCUGGGGGUUAAGCUUAAAUUAAUGAAUAUUGUUAGCGAGAAAAAUUCAUCAGUAUCUUGUACUUUUACUUUGAACUCAGAAUGUGCCUUUUCCUAAAAAUUUAGAGCUUGAAUGUGUUCAAACUAAGAAAAAAAAUGAAUAUGAAAAAUAAUUUCACACAAAGGUCCAUUCAAUAUUAACAGAUUAUCAACUUAAAGAUAAUGAACUUUAUUACUGCAUAUUUUUUUAACCCGUGGAACAGUAGCAUGUUUAUACAAAUGUAUCCGUCCAUAUACAUUUCAUUUGCAGAAUAGUACAUAAUUUCUAUUAAGAAAUGGGGCUUAACUUCCUCUCAAAAAUACAAUUUUAUAGACUGUUUUACAUUCUUGUUCAACACUUUCUUUGAUUUUCAUGAAGUAUUUGAAUUAUCAAGUCCAUAUUUAAAUUGUGCUUUCAAAAUGGACUGUUCUGUAUACCUGCUUUGUUUUGAAGCCACUUUGUGGCAGCUGAUGCGCAAGAUUUGUGUUAUUGUGAAGAACAUUGGUAUAUUGAAAGGCAGUAGCUUACAAGUGUAUUUGUACAUUCGAGUCUGUAAAACUCUGUUGUCAGUAAAUAUCCUUUAGUUUUGAGGUGCAUGUACUGUAAUUUCCUACUGCACUAAGAUUUAUUAUCCAUGUACAUCACAUAGUAGCUAACAGUCAGCUUUGUUGUCUUCUUUUCUGUUUAUUCUAAUCAGUUUGUAUAACUGCUUGUGAAGUAAGUAAGAUUGCUUAGUGAAAGUGAGAUAUUGUAGUGUGUGUGUGUGUAGUAUUAUAUUAUGUGGGAGAGAAAUGUUUUAACUGUACUUGAA